AUGCCUUGUCUGAAAUCUUCCGGUGCCGUCCUCUGGACAGUCGUCCUCCUUGCCACCUCUGCCCUGGCCAGUCCGAGUGAAGCUACGCAGAACGCCUGCGACGACCUGUCCACUGCCCUUGGCGACCGCGUGUCCCAGCCUCUGACGAUAGACUACAUUGCCGAGAGGCAGACAUACUGGUCUACCCUUCUCAGGGAUGUCAAGCCCGCCUGCAUCGUCUUCCCCCAGACUGCCCAGGAUGUUUCUGUCGCUGUCAAUGUCCUCAACGACUACCCUGAUGUUCAGUUCGCUGUCAAGAGCGGUGGCCACGAGCCCAAUCCUCGUCACUCCAGCAUUGAAGACGGCGUCCUCAUUUCCAUGAGUGACAUGGUAGGCACCACAUACGACGCGGACAAGCAGCUCGCGUACGUCAAGCCCGGCGGCACCUGGAACGACGUUAUCGGCACUCUUGACGAGCAGGGAGUGGCCAUCCUAGGAGGCCGUCUCGGCAUUGUCGGAGUCGCUGGUCUUCUGCUGCAAGGCGGCCUCUCCUUUCUUGGCGCCCAGCAUGGGAUGGCAGCCGACGUAAGUGAAGACACCCUGCCCGGGGAAUCAUCUAAGCUGACGAUUACCGCUCAGAACAUUGUUGAAUGGGAGACUGUCACGGCGAAUGGCGACAUUGUCAAUGUCAAUGCCGACUCAGACCCGGAGCUAGCUGUGGCCAUGCGUGGGAGUGGCAAUCAAUUCGGAAUCGUCACGCAAUUCACCGCCAAGACCUAUCCCAUGGGCCAGGUUUGGGGUGGAACGAGAACGUACAGCGAUUCCAAAGCUGACGAGCUGUUUGCCGCCCUCCACAACUUCGUUCCGGAAAACCAGGACGACACCAAGGCGGCCAUCAUCAUGACGACGCUCAUAACGCUCGGCGGGACCAGAUCAUUCCUCAUGUUCUACUUUUACCAAGCACCUGAGCCUCCCGUUGAUGGGCCCUUUGCCGCAUUCCUCGACAUCGUACCCCUUACGGACGGUACCGGGACCCGAUCAUACGCCGAUCUGACCUUUACCCUCCCUUACACGAGCGACGAUCCGGGCAGGUACAGGGAGAUUGCCGACAAGUACCGUGACAUAGUGACGCCCUUCCUGAGCAGCCUCCAAACGGCGGUGCAGUGCUCCAUCGACUUCCAGCCAUUCCCGGCAGUCAUCGGCCGGAAUUCGGCCACGCACGGCGGUAACGCCCUGGGUCUCACGGCAUCGGACCCGGACCGCAUAGUGCUCGAGAUCCAGUGCUCGUGGCUCGCCGCGACCGACGAUGACGACGGCCUUUCCCACGUCCAGGAGAUGACCGAGUGGCUCGAGACCAAGUUGCCCGAAUGGAGAGCGGACGAAGAUGAAUACCUUCCUCUGCUGAUGAACGACGCCACUUUCGACCAGAAUGUGACGCAAAUGUAUCGGGACUAUGCGCAGCUCAAAGACCUCCAGGCCCAGAUUGACCCCGAUGGAUUCUGGAGUACCAGGGCCGGCGGAUGGACGUAUUGA